AUGGCCAACGGGCAGUGGCCAACUCUGCACAAGUUCAACAUCUUCUGCCCGUCUCGCACCCACGCCUCAAACGCGUAUCACACUUGGGUCUUUGCCAAGGUUACCAGGGAUGUGGUUGAGACGAAGGAGGUGGUUGACGAGAUCAAGAUUGCCAUCGAGCGGGCUGUCAGCGCUGGCUACACGCAUCGGGUGAAGACAACCCAGACACCCCUGGACACCGUCACCCAUUUCACGGCCGUGCCGCCGAGGGUCUCCCAAGCGUUCGUCAUGAAAUGCGCCGACUCGAAAUAUGUCACGAUAUAUCGAUACGACGGUGACGGGAUGCCGAGAACGGUGGCGCUUGGGCAUCCGGUGGGCUGCAACGAGAGCGUGAUCGUGGCCGCUGAUGGCGCCAUCCGGACCGCCAGGAUGGGCUCGCUGUUCGAGGAUAGCCAUGGGAAUCAGCAU